GGAAGAUGCUGCUGUUGCUGCUACUGCUGCUGCCGCUCCUGUAGCUGGUUGGAUUUAGCGCUCGUUUGAUUCCCCGCAGGAGGAAAGGAGAUUAAAGCGAGGGGGAAAUGGGGAUGAUAAAUAAAAUCAUUUUUUUGCAAAAACGCGAGGAGGAAAAAACCUCUUUUUUUCUCUCCAGACGCGGAGAAAUUUUUGCACCCCUUCCAUUCACCUCUGGCUUAUUCUGUCCUCGGGAGUUGUCAUGAAAAGGGGGAACGUAGAGGCCCUGCGAGAUGAGCCUGCCCCCGGGCACCCCCGCUGCUAGGAUGCUCUUUGUUAUGGCUCUGGCCUGUGCCAGCCCUUUCUUGGACCUGCGGCGGCGGACCAUCAACAUCCCCAUCAUUUUCAGUGGCUCCACCUAUACGCAAGAGAGUGCCCGGUUCUCGCCUGAGGACUUCCGCAACUUCUCAAUGGAGGUCAACCCCAUCCCUGUGGUUCUGAAUGACACCAACCCACGCAGCCUCAUUGUGCGGCUCUGUGACGUUCUCUCCUCCCUGCACAUCCACGGUGUGGUUUUUGAGGAUGAUACACGUACAGAGGCUGUGGCCCAGAUCCUGGACUUCAUCUCAGCACAGACCUCUGUUCCCAUCAUUGGCAUCAACGGAGGAUCAGCCAUUGUUCUUACACCCAAGGAGAAAGGAUCAACCUUUCUACAAUUAGGUUCCUCGACCAAACAGCAAUUGCAAGUGAUGUUUGAGGUUCUGGAACAGUACGACUGGACGGCAUUUGCUGUCAUCACGACACUGUUUCCCGGCUAUGAAGACUUUGUAGAUUACAUUGAGGUCCUGACUGACAGCAGUUUCAUUGGUUGGGAGCGCCGCAGCACUGUGACCCUUAAUCUCACUGAUGACCCAGAUGGGGCCCGCCUCAAACGCCAGCUCCGGGAAAUAAAUGCCCGCAUCUGCCUUCUCUACUGCUCCCGUGAAGAAGCAGAAAGCAUCUUCCGUGCAGCCCGUGAAGUGAAGCUCACAGGCCCCGGCUAUAUCUGGUUCAUGGCAGGUGCCAACUUUGGUAGAACUGAGUACAUGCCGGAGGAACUACCCGAGGGUCUCUUCAUGGUGCUUUCAGCAGGAUGGAAAGAUGAUCUCUACCACAGGGUUCAAAAUGGUGUAGCCAUCAUUGCCAAGGGGGCAGAGGCCCUAUUGCAAGUCUACGGCUCAGUUCCAAAAUUCAACAAUGAUUGCCGGGCACCCAAUCUCACCCAGAUCAACGAGAACCUGCAUCGGUACUUCAUGAAUGUUACUUGGGGUGAGAAGGAUUUCUCCUUUAAUGAGGAUGGGUACCUCAUCAAUCCAUCCUUGGCUGUGAUCUCCCUCAGCAAAAACCGAACCUGGGAGGUGGUGGGAAGGUGGGAGCGCAGAAUCCUGAGCAUGUCACGCUACAGAAAAUUCCUGCAACCUGUGGAUGACAACAAGCACCUCAUGGUGGCAACACUGGAGGAAAGGCCCUUCGUUAUUGUCGACAACAUUGAUCCAGCCACAAAGACCUGCAUUCGUGAUUCAGUUCCCUGUCGCCACCCACUCAACCAUACCAACAGCCAACAAAUGGUAAAGAGCUGCUGCAAAGGAUUUUGCAUCGACAUCCUGAAGCGUCUGGCUAAAACUCUGGGUUUCACCUACGAUCUCUAUCUUGUCACCAAUGGCAAGCAUGGCAAGAUAGUCAACGGCAUGUGGAACGGCAUGAUUGGAGAGGUGUAUUACAAGCGAGCUGACAUGGCGAUUGGAUCCCUGACCAUCAAUGCGGAGAGAGCUGAAGUCAUAGAUUUUUCUGUGCCCUUUGUCGAGACAGGAAUCAGUGUGAUGGUGUCUCGUAGCAAUGGAACUGUUUCACCUUCUGCCUUCCUAGAGCCCUACAGCCCUGCUGUCUGGGUGAUGAUGUUUGUCAUGUGCCUGACUGUCGUUGCGGUGACCGUCUUCAUCUUUGAAUAUUUCAGCCCAGUAGGCUAUAAUCGCAGCCUCAGCGCCAGUAAACGCACUGGAGGCUCCAAGUUCACCAUUGGGAAAUCCAUCUGGCUGCUCUGGGCUUUGGUGUUCAACAACUCUGUGCCUGUGGAGAACCCCAGGGGCACCACCAGCAAGAUCAUGGUGCUGAUCUGGGCCUUCUUUGCCGUCAUCUUCCUUGCCAGCUACACCGCCAAUCUGGCCGCCUUUAUGAUACAGGAGGAAUAUGUAGACACGGUGUCUGGGCUCAGCGACCAGAAGUUCCAGAAACCACAGCAUCACUACCCACCUUUGAGAUUUGGCACUGUUCCCAACGGGAGCACCGAGAAAAACAUUCGGAACAACUAUGGGGAGAUGCACGAAUAUAUGGGGAAGUACAACCAGCGCAGCGUGGAGGAUGCACUCCAGAACCUGCAGACAGGGAAGCUGGAUGCCUUCAUCUACGAUGCAGCCGUCCUCAACUACAUGGCCCGAAAGGAAGAAGGCUGUAAACUUGUCACCAUAGGGAGUGGGAAAGUCUUUGCCACCACAGGCUACGGCAUUGCGCUGCAGAAAGGUUCCAAGUGGAAACGGCCGAUUGACCUGGCCCUGCUCCAGUUUCUGAGUGAUGAUGAGAUUGAACUGCUAGAGCGCCUGUGGCUGUCAGGGAUCUGCCACAAUGACAAAAUUGAGGUGAUGAGUAGCAAGUUGGACAUAGACAACAUGGCAGGUGUCUUCUACAUGCUCCUGGUGGCCAUGGGACUAAGUCUGCUGGUCUUUGCCUGGGAACACCUAAUCUACUGGAAACUGCGUCACUGUAUGAGACAUACAGGACGGCUGGACUUCCUGCUCGCCUUCAGCAGGGGCAUGUACAGCUGUUGCAGCAGUGAAGACCCCAAAGUCCCAGACCAGCAGCAGUUACCCAUCCUUAACCACACCUACGGGCCAUCGCGAGGUGCAGCCCCAGCGUUGCCCAGCCCCCCUGGCCCUCCACUUCCCUGUUCUAGCUUCCUGCCUCGUGAACGGCGCAUUGUGGAACGGUGGCGCCAUGCUCGUAGUCCCAAUUGCUACAAGGAUCUGUACCCUCCGACGCCUACAGAGCUCCCCACAACCAAACCCCCACGCCAUAGCCUCAAGAGCCCUUUCUCAGAUGGCUUCCACCGGUUCUAUGGGCCCAUUGAACCAGAAGGGCUGUCCGAUCAUGUCAGUGGCAAAAAGAUGGCACCCUGUCAGCUUUCUCCGCCACCACCCUCCCGGGGGCUGGAAAAUCCUCCCUCCUAUUUUGCCAUUGUGCGUGAGAAAGACACACCCGACAUGCCACCGGUGGCAUCGGGCUGGCAACGCAAAUCCCUCCGUGGGUUGUAUGAAAGUUUCCAAGCUGGGAAAGCGGCGAGCCGAGCCCCAGAGGUGAAGAAGUAUGAUGGCUCCUCCAGUGGCUAUGCGACCAAAAGCCCUUGUGAGUUGGAACGGGGCAGCAGUCGGUCUUUUGGGAAAGAACGGGGUCGGUAUGGCUACACCCGGCUGUCCUAUGAGGACGAACGCUCCCCACCUGUUUCCCGCUACCGACAUGCCGAAGAGACGUCUCUGCCUCGAGCCGAGACAGAAGUCAAAUGCCCGACGUCAUCCAGCCGAGAGAGGAGCUCCCGGGCUCACAUUUGCCGCAGUCAUUCCCACCCGCUUGCCGUAGGUGCCAGCUUGCGCAGCCAAAGUCAUUAUGUGGAUUUUUCUGACUCUGAUUCUGACAUCUGUGAGAGGGACAGUGAUGGGCAUAGCUGCUGGUACCAGUCGCCGGAUUAUUUCUGCACAUACCCGUCCCGAGAGAGGCAGCUCUUUGCCACGCAUAAGCCCCUGCACUACUGGUCAGCCGACAAGUUGGCCAAGUGCCACGGAUGCCACGGUCCCUGCCAGCACUGCCUGAGCUUGGAAAUGCUCCCGCCACCCACCCCACCAUGCCGCAAGGAGGCCAUGCGCUACUUGAGCUGUUCUGAGGAGCAUCUGGAACGCCGGCUGGACUGGGAGCACCGCCACUGUAGCCUGUAUGGGUGCCUGGCUCCUCGGCACCGCCACGGCUUUCACCGACGCUGCCAUCACCAUUCUUGCGAGCUGGGGCCGGCUGGCGGAGUUCUACAUCCCACCUCCCGCAGCCUGGAGGACCUCAGCUCUUGCCACAUGAUGCGCUGUGGGGCCUCCCAUCGACACCAGGGCGGCUUCUCGCCAGAGUGGCUGCCACGCCGGGUGAGCAGAAGCGGGGAGCUUUUUGCCCGCCGUGGUUCUGCCCAUUUCUCUAGCCUGGAGUCAGAGGUAUGACCAGCAACAGGUGGGGUGGGGGUGGGGUGGGGGUGGGGAAAGAGGCUUCAGAUGGGACAGCAGAAAAAAAGACUGAGCUGUAGUUGAGCCCACACAGUGGGGACUGAGGUGGUGGAGAUGGCGCUGUGUGGUCCAACCCAAUGGAAAGAAGGGAGGACCACGAAGAUGACUGCAGAGAGGGGGAAGCAGAACAGUGCCACAAGUGAACCCACCAAGACAAAGGGCAUGCCACCAGGAUGCCACCAGGAAUAUAUGUGAUAGGACCACAUCUCCCUGCCACAGAAAAGGGGAAGUGUUCAACCAAAAGAGUAUCACAGAUAAAACAGUGGGGAGUCGAACCACCAAUAAUCCCAUUAAAAACCCAGGGGAGUGGAGAUGAUAUGUCAAAAGAGGGGUAACACCCUGAGACUGCUACCCCAAGUGCCACCAGAAUAGCUCCCUGUGACAAAACACCCAGUCCCAUCCACCAGCCGAUUUACAGCAGGGGGUAGAGGGGAACUGGUCUCUCCUGUGUAUCCAUAACAGACCUUUUAUAUCCAGAAAAAGGGCUUUUCUGCCACCCUGUGGCACAUCGAUGGGGUAGGUUCCUGUGGCAGGGGCAAUUGGCUACUGCAACAGCAGGGCUGUUACUCUCUGAACAAGACCCGAUAGAGUGCCAAUGAAAUGAACCAAUCAUGAACUUGGAGAGAGUCUGUGUCCCCAUGUAGACUGGCAGCAGGGGGGAAGUGCCAUCAGUCAGGCUCCGGAGGGGGUGGGGAGGGGCUUGGACAACAAUAACCACAAAACUGUCUGGACUUCUGGGUGGGAGGGGAUGUUAGGAGACAAAACUGUGACUUUGUUCAACAGAAAACUGUGAUAUCCCCCCCCCCUGCACAUUUUCCUCUUCUCCCUUCUUGCUUUCUUUGCUCUUCUUAACCACCACCUUCUUUCUCCUUCCCCCCUACUUUAACUUUGCAAUCAUGCACCCAUUAUGAUAGAGACAGCAACACAUGCAAACAUCAUGGAUGCUGAAAUGAAAACACACACACACACACAC